AUGUCUGAGCAGAAUUCAGUAGCAAAUGCUGAAGGAAAUGAUGUGGAGAUGUCUCCAAAAGUAGAGGCCACUUCUUCAAACAAUCUAGCUAUACAAUCACAGAACGAUAUGAAAGAAGAAGCUAAAAAGACAACUAAUAAUGUACAAAAACACGGAGAGGCUGAAAAGGUUGGCAAUGCGUCAGAGACAGAUGAUAUAAAUGACAAUGUCAAUGACAAUGGAAACGAAAAUGAGGGUGAAGAAAAUGAAAAUGAAGAUGACGAUGACGAUGAAGAUGACGAUGAAGAUGAAGAUGACGAUGACGAUGAAGAUGACGAUGACGAUGACGAUGACGAUGACGAUGACGAUGACAAUGACGAUGACAGCAGUAGUUCUGAAACCAGCUCCGAGGAUGCGGAAGAUUCUGAAUCAAUCUCAGGGGAAAGUGCUGGCAGCAGCUCUGGAGAAGAUGAAGAAUCUGACGAAAGCGACGGAAGUACCUCUGAUAACUCCUCUGGAAAUGAAAGCGCGUCAGAAGAAGAAAAUGGUGGAAAUACUAACGAACCAAUUGUCAACCAUCAAGAUAACGUUCCCGUUAACGAUAAUACUGUCGCGCAGUCUACCCAUAGAAGAAACAUCUCAUUAUCCUCGAAUGGUUCAAACACCAAUUCAACUAUUAUUCUGGUAAAGACUACGUUGGAGACUAUUUUGAAUGACAAGGAUAUUAAAAAAAAUUCGAACGCUCAAAAGGCUAUCGAACGGACAUUACAAAAGUUUAAAGAAUUCGACCCGCAAAGCACGAAUAACGGACAUUACGUCGAUUCCAUACUGGUUUUCGAAGCACUGAGGGCAAGCUGUCGUACUAAGUCCUCCAAAAUCCAAAGUCUUGCUUUGGAUUGUCUGUCAAAACUAUUUUCUUUCAGAUCCCUAGAUGAAACAUUGUUGGUGAAUCCCCCUGAUUCUUUAGCCUCUAACGAUCAACAACAAGACGCCACCGAUGGUAUAACGCCGCCUCCAAAACAUAAAAUUAUAGACGCUGCAAUUGAUACCAUCUCAGACUGUUUCCAAGGGGAAGGUACUGAUGAACGUGUGGAAUUACAAAUCGUUAGGGCACUAUCUAGUUGCAUUUUAGAAGAGGAUUCAAGUUCCUUAUGUCAUGGUGCUUCCUUGUUAAAGGCCAUCAGAACAAUCUACAACGUUUUCGUCUUUUCCUUGAGCGCAUCCAAUCAAGGUAUCGCGCAAGCCACUUUGACGCAAAUCAUUAGUUCAGUGUAUGAUAAAAUUGAUCUCAAACAAACUGCCUCUUCAACAGUGUCUCUAUCAACAAAAACUCAUCAACAACAAUCUGUUACAGAACUUUCCGAUCCUUCCGAAAAUGUGGAAACACCGGCUCCCUUGACUUUAGAGAAUAUGGAUAAGUUGAAUGAUGAUGAGGAAAGACUGAUGGAUGCUCAACAGCCUGAUUCUAAUGCAGUCACUAACCAAGACCUAGCGGUUAAGGAUGCGUUCUUAGUGUUCAGAGUCAUGGCAAAAAUAUGUGCUAAACCAUUAGAAACAGAACUCGACAUGAGAUCACAUGCUGUUAGGUCAAAACUUUUAUCUCUCCACAUAAUUUACUCUAUCAUAAAAGAUCAUAUUGACGUGUUCCUUUCCCAUAACAUUUUUUUACCGGGAAAGGAGCGUGUCUGUUUUAUCGAUUCAAUUAGACAAUAUCUACGCCUUGUGUUGUCAAGAAAUGCUGCCUCGCCUUUGGCUCCCGUUUUCGAAGUUACUUUAGAAAUUAUGUGGUUACUAAUUGCUAAUUUAAGGGCAGACUUCGUAAAAGAGAUUCCGGUAUUUUUAACAGAAAUUUACUUUCCUAUUUCAGAAUUAACUACUUCCACCUCUCAACAGAAGAGGUAUUUUUUGAGUGUUGUUCAACGAAUCUGUAACGACCCAAGAACUUUAGUUGAAUUUUACUUAAACUAUGAUUGCAAUCCUGGAAUGCCAAAUGUUAUGGAGAUAACUGUCGAUUAUUUAACAAGAUUGGCUUUAACUAGGGUAGAAAUUACCCAAACUCAAAGAUCAUAUUACGAUGAACAAAUAUCAAAAUCAUUAUCCACUUACAAUUUCUCGCAGUUACCCCUCUUGACUUCUUCCAAUUUGUCUUCAACUCCUGAUGUUGGCCAAGUAAAUUUACUUUUCCCCCUUGAUUUUGCUCUCAAAAUGGUGUCACUGAAUUGCAUUGUGUCAGUUCUACGUUCCUUGAGCUCAUGGGCCCAUAAAGCUUUAAAUCCAAACCCAAGUGCUUCUAAUAAGGUGCCACUAAACCCAACUACCUCGGGUAUUCAAGAAUCUAGAUCAUCUUUGAGUAACGAUAUAAGAUCCUCCACUAUGGCCAGUAACGACGACUUCAAACCAACAUAUGAAGAUGAAGAAAGCAGAUCGUUGAGUAGUCAAAACAUUGAUGCAGAUGAUCCCACCCAAUUUGAAAAUCUAAAAUUAAGAAAAACGGCUUUGUCAGAAUGUAUUGCUAUUUUCAAUAAUAAACCUAAAAAAGCUAUUCCAGUACUCAUUCAAAAGGGAUUUUUGAAGGACGAUUCUCCAGCUUCCAUUGCAAAGUGGUUACUGGAAACGGAGGGCUUAGAUAAGGCUGUUGUUGGUGAUUAUUUAGGUGAAGGUGAGGACAAGAACAUUGCCAUAAUGCAUGCAUUUGUUGAUGAAUUUGACUUUACUGGUAUGUCCAUUGUUGACGCAUUAAGGUCCUUUUUACAGAGUUUCAGGUUACCAGGCGAAGGCCAAAAAAUCGAUAGAUUCAUGCUGAAAUUUGCGGAAAGAUUUGUCGAUCAAAACCCCGGGAUCUUUUCGAAAGCAGAUACUGCAUACGUGCUUUCGUAUUCUUUAAUUAUGUUGAAUACUGAUUUACAUUCAUCUCAAAUCAAAAACAAGAUGUCCUUGCAGGAGUUUUUGGAAAACAACGAAGGUAUUGAUAAUGGAAGAGAUUUACCAAAGGAAUUCUUGGAAGGCUUAUUUAAUGAAAUUGCCAAUAAUGAAAUCAAACUGAUCUCCGAACAGCAUCAAGCAAUGCUUUCAGGUGACAAUAAUAUUGUUCAACAGCAACAAUCAGCUUUCAACUUUUUUAAUUCUCGUGACUUAACAAGAGAGGCAUAUAAUCAAGUUUCAAAAGAAAUUUCAUCUAAAACCGAGUUAGUCUUCAAAAACUUGAAUAAAAAUAAAGGCAGCCCAGGAGUCUAUUAUGCAGCCUCUCAUGUUGAACAUGUGAAAUCCAUUUUCGAUACACUUUGGAUGUCAUUUUUAGCAGCAUUAACUCCACCUUUUAAGGAUUAUGACGACAUCGACACAACAAAUAAAUGUUUAGAAGGUUUGAAGAUAUCGAUUAAGAUUGCUUCCACUUUUAGAAUCAAUGAUGCUAGAACGUCUUUUGUGGGUGCCUUAGUUCAAUUUUGUAAUCUUCAAAACCUUGAAGAAAUAAAAAUUAAGAAUGUCAAUGCAAUGGUAAUUCUUCUUGAAGUUGCAUUAUCUGAAGGAAAUUUUUUGAUGGGUUCCUGGAAGGACGUUUUACUAGUAGUGUCUCAGAUGGAAAGAUUGCAAUUAAUUUCUAAAGGUAUCGAUAGAGAUACUGUUCCAGAUGUUGCACAAGCUCGUGUUGCAAAUCCUAGAGUUUCCUAUGAAUCAUCAAGAUCCAAUAACACAUCAUUUUUCGAUGUUUGGGGAAAGAAGGCUACACCUACCGAAUUGGCUCAAGAAAAACACCACAAUCAAACCUUAUCGCCUGAGAUUUCAAAAUUCAUUUCAUCUAGCGAACUAGUUGUUUUGAUGGACAACAUAUUUACCAAAAGUUCGGAAUUGUCAGGUAAUGCUAUCGUUGAUUUUAUUAAGGCUCUGACUGCCGUUUCUUUGGAAGAAAUUGAAUCAUCUGAGAAUGCCUCCACUCCUAGAAUGUUUUCUUUGCAAAAAAUGGUCGAUGUUUGUUACUACAAUAUGGAUCGUAUCAAAUUAGAAUGGACACCGCUUUGGGCUGUUAUGGGAAAAGCUUUCAACAAAAUUGCUACAAACUCUAACUUAGCUGUUGUAUUUUUUGCUAUCGAUUCUCUACGUCAAUUGUCCAUGAGAUUUCUAGAUAUUGAAGAGUUAUCAGGUUUUGAAUUUCAGCACGACUUUUUGAAACCGUUCGAAUAUACAGUUCAAAAUAGUGGUAAUACUGAAGUUCAAGAAAUGAUUAUUGAGUGUUUUAGAAACUUUAUAUUAACAAAAUCGGAAAGAAUAAAAUCUGGCUGGAAACCUAUUCUUGAGUCUUUACAAUAUACGGCUCGUUCAGGCACUGAAUUUAUCGUAUUAAAAACCCAACUGUUGGUCAGCAACGAUAUUGUGACGAAUCACUUUGAAAACGUAUUCUCCCAAGAGGAUGCCUUUUCUGAAUUGGUUGGUGUUUUCAGAGAAAUUACGAAGAAUAAGAGGUUUCAGAAGCUAUCUCUGCAUGCUUUGGAGUCACUAAGAAAGAUGACACAAAACGUUGCAGACAUUUGCUUUUACAACGAAAAUAAGACUGAAGAAGAAAGAAAACAUAAUAAAACUCUACUACGUGGAAAAGAUAUAUUCCAGGAUGUUUGGUUCCCCAUGCUAUUCUGCUUUAAUGACACCAUCAUGACCGCCGAAGAUCUAGAAGUAAGGUCACGUGCAUUAAACUAUAUGUUCGACGCUUUAGUAGCAUAUGGUAGCAAGUUCAACGAUGAUUUUUGGGAAAAGAUUUGUAAGAAGUUGCUAUUUCCAAUUUUUGGUGUAUUAUCAAAACAUUGGGAAGUCAACCAAUUUAACAGUCAUGAUGAUUUGAGCGUUUGGCUUUCGACUACAUUAAUUCAAGCCCUAAGAAAUUUAAUUGCUCUCUUUACACAUUACUUUGAAUCGUUAAAGAAAAUGCUGGAUGGAUUCUUAGGUUUGCUAGUAUCAUGCAUUUGUCAAGAAAAUGAUACUAUUGCUAGAAUUGGAAGGUCUUGCCUACAGCAAUUGAUACUACAAAAUGUAACCAAAUUUAAUGGGUAUCAUUGGAACCAAAUAGGUGACGUAUUCGAUAAACUGUUCGAUUUAACCACUGCUAAUGAGUUAUUCGAUUAUGAUCCAUUGCAACAAGGAAGAAAACCAUCUAUUUCUCAUCACCAAACCACCACUGAUACAUAUCAACACUCAGAUAAUGAUAAUAACGACAGGGAUGAAAAUGAUUCUAAUAUCAGCGAAACAGUAGAAAGAGCGCAUCAAGAAGAAUCCAGCGAGGAUGUUGGCGGCGACAUGGUGGGAAAUCUCAGCGGAGAAACCGAACUUAACAAUGGCAACGCCAUACCGACUGUGAAAGACGGAUUAACCUCAAAAGCCGCUAGUCUGAAUGUUCCUAAAAGAACUAAGCACAUGAAACGUAGUGAGAGUAACGAAGAUAUACGUAGAAGGAUAGACAUCAAAAAUUCUAUUGUUGUCAAAUGUGUUUUGCAACUCCUAAUGAUAGAACUGCUGAAUGAAUUAUUUGAAAAUGAGGAUUUUGCGCAUUGUAUUCCUUUCAAAGAGGCCACUAGAAUUACAAGAUUGUUGGAGAAAUCAUAUGAAUUCUCUCGUGAUUUUAAUGAGGAUUAUGGAUUGAGAACAAGAUUAGUAGAAGCUCGUGUGGUUGAUAAAAUUCCAAAUUUGUUGAAGCAAGAAACCAGUGCUGCCGCUGUACUUCUCGACAUUAUGUUUCAGUUAUAUCUGAACGAUGACGAGAAGAAGGCCGAUUUAAUAAAUCGUUUGAUCACAAUUUGCAUUCAGGUCGUCGAAGGUUACGUUUCCUUAGAUGACAGAACCAUGGAACGUAGUAUCAACGCCUGGCGAUCUGUGAUUGUUGAAAUAUUGCAAGGUUACUAUGAGUUUGAUGAUGAAGACUUUAGACUGUACUCUCCGGCUAUGUAUGCAUUGGUGAUUCAGAUAUUAGACAAGAGUGUUCCAACGGAGUUGAGACAUGCUAUCAAACAAUUUUUAAGCAGAGUCGGUGAACUAUACCUUUCUACUGAUUGA